GUUUACUUCCGCAGUGCACCUGCACGGUUUCGGUUUAGUCUUUAGAUUAAUUUAGACUGACACUUUUUGAACUCAAGAUGUAAAGCUGUAGACUACUUAAUUUGGUAAAGAUAUCCCGGUAGUUGUUCUGACAGACAAGUAAGGAAGGAUGGGGAGCACCGAAUCAACAUUACUCUUUUUGAUCUGUAUCCUCCCUCAGAUUUUGGGUUCAUCAUGGAAGGAUGUUUUUGUGGAUAAUCAAAGGUGGUUUGGCUCUUACAUGUAUUACUAUGAAACAGAGGGACACACAGAAAAGAUUAAAUGUAGCAUGAGCAUCUACCAUGUUGUGAAAGAGGGUCUAGGAACUGUGUAUGCUGGCUUUUCAGAUCCUGACACAAGCAUGGAAUUAGAAGGAGGACAUUUAUUGAAUGCUCCAAAUUUCACCAUUCAGUUCACCAAGUCCACCAUGUAUAUGGCCACCAGUAACCGCAUCCCAGCCUCCGGCGAGUUUGAAAUUACAGGAAGAUUAAUCCACACAAAUACAGGCUGGGAGUACCACGCUAAUGUUACAAAACCAGUCAAUAACUCAUUUAGUGACCUAGUGCUUUCAACCUUAGAAGUAUCUUCUAGCCCACCAGAAAAGGAUAGGUCACUACAGAUUGGGCUCACCGUAGGACUUUCCCUGUUAUUUUGCCUCAUUGGAAUCGGAAUCAUGAUUGGCCUGGUCACGUGGGGAGUGCGGAAAGGUUACAUUCGACAUGUCGCAGCUAAUUACAAAAACUUCAAAAACUCGGCUCCUAAAUACAAUGUUAAAGAGGGGGAUGUCCAUAUGUAGACAUAGAAA